AUGGAGCUAAUUUAUAUUAGCAAUCGAUCUUCUGAAGAAGGGCCCCUCACUCUGGAUACGAUUCCGGUUGAGAUUCUCCAUCAUAUCUGCACCUUCUUUUGUGACCACUGCGAUCCGAUGAAGAAGUCUCACAUCGAGUACUGUUUCAACUACAACCCAAACAAGGGCAAGAAAGACUUGCUCAACUUGUGUCUGACAUCACGAGCCUUGUGCACCGUGGCUCAAGGCGUGCUCUUCCAUCACUUCUCCUUCGGACGCCACCUCAUGCACAGCGGCCCCCUGGCAUUCCGGCUCGUUGCCGCGUCUUUCCUCCAAGCCUUGUCGAACAAGCUACACCUCCGGGCCGUCGUCAAGGAGCUGAAGAUCGAGACAAAUCGAGACACCAGGUAUCCGAAGAUACUUGGUUUUGAUUCAUUGUCCAAGGCCAGCCGGCAUAGCGCACGCCUCCUCCGGACGUUGGGAGCCGAGAUCGGUAUCCGGUUCCGCUACCAUGAACUACAGCGCAGAGACUUGCGAGAGGCAAUGGUCCAGCUCAUGAUCGCACUGUGCCCCAACGUCUCCAAGAUGGAGAUCCAGAUCCCACGCUAUUGGGCCUUUGAUAAACUUACGGAACGCAACCUCCUCACACAGAGCAGCACUAACCAACAACCGCUUUCUUCGCUUCGGACCCUGGACGCACUUGUUGAGAGACUUCCCACCGACAACUGCAGAAUCCCUCACGAGCUUUGCAACAUGGCAGCUUUUGGAAAUCCCUCCGAGCAUGCUCUGGUUGCGGGUUCGGCUUCAAGACUGGAGACGCUCAAGUGCACACUCGGUGCUCUGGAGAAUGCCACCGAGAUGCCGCGACUGGAGGUGCUCAAAUUGGAUGUCCGGGGCUCAUACUCUGACUUGAAGUCGCUGUUCACGAAGAUUCCCAAGCUCCGAGAGCUGAUCUACUGCUCCUCCAACAAGCACGGCCCGCUUCCGAUUGAAAUCAACGCCGCCUUGAGAAACCACCGCGAGACGCUCGAGGUUCUGGCGAUCCAUUUCUGGAAGGUCCCGUACGGGGAUCUCGUCAUCCUGGAUCCGUUCAUCGACAACACCGAAUUCCGCCUCGGUCUCAUGAGCGACUUCACAAACCUCAAGGUUCUCAUCGUCGAUGCUCUCAGGAUCCGCGAAGCCGGCGAGAACAGGUCCUCCGAGGAGCCCUUCCAAACGAUCAGCGAUACCAUCCCGGAGUCUCUGGAGAUGCUUUGCGUCCACGCCAUGGACAUGGUUUCCCAGCCUGAUUAUCAGCCUCUCUUUGAGGUGGCGGACAGAGUUCGGGAGGGUAGGUUCAAGGCCCUGAAGCAUGUUCUGUGGACCAGAAAGCAGAACAGGAGCUACCCGAAUGGACUCGGCUAUCUUGAUCCUCAGCAUGAUUCCCUGAAGAGCGGAGCGUAUCACAUUGGCCCGGUGGAUCCUGAGACUGCGGUGUCCUUGAAGAAGAGAUACCCCAUCCUGAUGACGAUGCAGCAUAACUGCUAUGUCUGA